UCCUGCAGAAUAUUUAACGUUGGGGUAGCAUAUGACAGUUACUGGACAAGCAAAGACAUGCUUGACCAGCUGAAGAACCAUGCUAUCCCUCUGUUCGAAAGCUUGCAUGAGGGGUGCACCGGUGUCUUUAUUUUCAACCAAAGCAGCAACCACAAAGCAUAUGCCACAGAUGCCUUGGUUGCCACCUGCAUGGUUCUAAAGCCAAAGGUCGUUUCUGAAAAUGACAAGUUCAUUUUCAAAGAUACAACGUUUUUGAGGGAUAGACGUAUCAUCCCUCAAUCGUUUUAUGAGACAGUCUUUGAAGCUGGAAGGAAAGGAAAGGGGCCAGUGGAGAAGAGACAGUUUGUUGGCAUCCAGCGGAUCCUUCAGGAGUGUGGACUAAUGAACUGCAAUGGAGAAGAAGCAGAGAACCACUGUUGCUGUGCCCGCCACCUCUUGGACUCUCAGCCCGACUUUUCUGGACAGAAGACAGCUAUUCAAGAGGUGGUGGAAGAGGCAGGUCACAUAUUUGAGCUGUACCCCAAGUUCCAUUGUGAAUGCAAUUGGAUCGAGUGUUACUGGGGUGCAGCCAAA